AAAAAGAAGAAAUGACAUUUCAUGUCAGUUAUUGCAAGCUAAUGAAAUUCUAACUUAUUUGAUAUAAAUUCUUAAAUUGCCACAAAAAAAAAAAUUUAGAAUUUAAAAUGUCGGGAGUCGAUAUGGAGUUGAAAAAGGCGUUUUUAGAAUUACAAGAAAAGAAAAUUGGAACAGAACAAACACUUCGAAUGUCAGGUAUCCAAAUCGCCGCCGUUAAGCGAGCUAAGCAGCACGCAGCUUUAACAGAAAAGGAAAUACAAGCAUUGGACGAUGAUACGAAAACUUACGAAUCAGUCGGUCGAAUGUUCAUCUUAACUCCCAAAAGCCAAGUGGAAGAGAAUAUAAGGAAAAAGCAAACCCAAGCUGAUGAGAAAAUUAAAAACCUAGAAUUAGAAAUGGGUUAUCUGGAAAAAUCCUUAAAAAGUGCCACAGAUGCUUUACGUGAGUUGAUUCAGCAAAAAAAGGACUCCUAAAAAGUUUUCAAUUACAUAAUAUGAAUUAUACUAGUUAUGGCUUAUGUUGUAUACUAUCGUCUUUACUAGUUUAUCUUGAAUAUAUAUAUUUUUAAUUUUGCGUA